AUGGAGUUAAAUGCAAAGUUCUCUAAGGCGCCUAACGAUGAGAAGAUUGAUGAGAAGGAGUAUCGUUGGAGCAUUGGCUGUCUGCAAAACUUGUUGCACACACGCCUGGAUCUAUUGUUCAGUGUUGGAGUCCUCAGUAGAUACAUGAAAGAUCCUAAGGCGUCUCACGUUGCAGCUCUGAAACAGAUUCUUGGGUAUCUACGAGGUAUUUGCUCUCUUGGUCUUUGUUACUUGCAUGGUAGAGGGACUAAGUUGUUCGGCUAUAGCGAUAGUUCGCAUAAUGUUGACAUAGACGAAAGCGAAAGCACGACAGGUCACAUAUUUUAUCUUGGAGAGAGUCCUAUAAAUUGGAGUUCAACGAAGCAAGAAAUAGUAGCUCUAUCUCGUGUGAAGCUGAGUUUAUGGCUGCAUCAGAGGCUGCAAAACAGGCUAUUUGGCUGCAGGAACUCUUAA